CUCAGGACAGCGUUGAUCACUGUUCUCGCUCUGCAUCUGAGAACAGCAUGGGUUUAAUCACUCGUUGGUUGAUAAUUGCAGCGAUGUGCACUAGGCUGAACUCUGUGUAUUCCUCAGAUGACAGCCAUUUUUCGAUUGACGAUGAAGAUGGAAUUUUAUCAGUACCAGAUCUAAUCCAGAAAUAUGGCUACGAGAUGGAAAGUCAUACGGUGGUCACUGAAGAUGGCUAUGGCUUGACGAUGUUCCGUCUUCUACCGAAGGAGCCUUUGGAAAGUACGAAAAAUCCCGUCUUGAUGGUCCAUGGCCUACUGGCGAGCCCAGCCGACUUUAUUAUUAUCGGUCCAAACAAUAGUCUCGCCUACUUGCUCGCAGACAACGGGUACGAUGUUUGGCUGGCAAAUGUGAGAGGAACUCGCUUUUCCAAAAAGCAUUCCUCACUAUCGUUGCAUUCCAAGGAGUACUGGAGCUUUUCCUGGCACGAAAUCGGUUACUAUGAUCUACCGGCCAUGAUCGAGUACGUCCUGAAUACUACAAAUGCCAAAAAACUUCACUACAUAGGAUUUUCUCAGGGUGCUACAGUUUAUUUCGCAAUGGCUACUACUCGUCCGGAAUACAACGACAAGAUUUCACUGAUGGUAGCUCUCUCGCCACCUAUAUUCGUUAGGAGAGUCCGCAGCCCCAUCAUGACGCUUCUGGCUAAUACAUUGAAAGAGUUGCUGAAAAUGAAUAAUUCGUCCAGCGAUUUCGAAUGCUUUCCUCACUCGCCUUUGUACCGCUUACUAACGCAGUCGAUUUGUGCAGAGGAUAACCCCACGAACUUUUGUAGCAAGUUCAUAUCACUCAUCGUCGGACCGGACCCAGACGCAUAUAAUCAAACAGUGAUGACCGCCUAUGUUGGGCACACUCCAGCUGGCGCAUCGUUCAACCAAAUUAUUCACUACGCGCAAAUCGCCCGAAGUGGCUCCUUCCACCAGUUCGACUACGGCCGUAAGUUGAACCUCCUGAAAUACGGUUCGAAGAAACCUCCUGCCUACAAUCUGGAGCUUGCGACUGCACCGGUGCUGAUGUACUACGGUCUAAACGACUGGCUGGUGCACCCACGAAGCGUUCUGGAGCUGGCAAAGGUAUUGCCACGGGUGGUCGCAGCUGAGCAAGUUGCCGACAAACAAUUCAACCACAUUGAUUUCAUUUUGGCGAAGAACGUGCGCUCACUGCUGUACGAUCAGGCGAUUCAGAUGAUCGACAAGUUUAAUUCAUGAUAUGUGAUAAAAUAUUAUUCACAUAUUUUUAUAUCUAUUUUGAAUUGUAACUCUAGACAACACCUUUCGUAACAAAUGUGAUUCAACAAAUAAAAUAAGCUUAUUCUU